UAAUUACCAAAAAAUGGUAAGCAUUUCCAAUACAGUAAGGGAAGGUAUCCGUGCUUCAUAGUUCACACGCAUCCACCCCAUCGACAAGCGAAUCGCCCUCUGCAAGCGAAAAAACAGAAAACGGGAGACGGGCUGCUGAUGAGGUGACGACCACUACCGAACGCGGAAAGCCGACCACUGUCCAGUGCCCGCACCGCACCACGCCUCCCGUCCGCUAAGUCGCUCAACCUGCGUCUUCGCUGAGCCGCCUAGCGUGUCUGACCGUGUCGCCAGGCCGCUGAAGUAGUGAAUUGUUGAUUUGCUGAAGGACGUUUCAGGGUUUCGUAAGCCAAUACCAGUAUCACGAGAUAUGAAACUGACUCUCGAAUUCGGAGGUGGAUUGGAACUUCUUUGCAAUUCUAUGAAGAUACAUGAAAUCUCCAUUACACCUGAAGAUGGUGGGACAAAGGUCACAAUGAAAUAUUUGCUCUCUUGGGUUUGCAAGAAUUUGAUCAAGGAGAGGCCUGAAAUGUUUAUUAAGGGAGACACUGUGAGGCCAGGAGUCUUAGUCCUCAUCAAUGAUGAGGAUUGGGAACUAAAUGGGCAGCUUAAUGCUGUGUUAGAAGAUAAAGAUGUCAUCAUUUUCAUUUCAACUCUGCAUGGGGGAUAAGUAUGAAGCCUUUCCAAAAUUCCAACUUCUUUUGUCUUCCGCUUUUGUUAUUGACGGGUAUCAAUGAAGUUUGAUUUAGCAAAAAAAAUCUUUUCCUACCUUUCUUUUUGCUGUUGUAAAAUAAAGUUCUUGAAUGCAUAAGCAGUUCAAAUGCUCAGUAUGUGUUACUUAAAGUACUUGCGUAUGGUGAUCACUAUUCUUAGGUUUACUCCAAAUGUGUAAUUGUAUUAUAAGAGAACCUUAACUACUGUUUCUGCAAAGGCAACUUGGCAAUUUGAUGUCAUCAUGAACAUGAAUCAUGAUCAUUGAUAAUCAUCACAUCAUAAUAAAAUGUAGAAAUUAUCGUAGUGUUUAUGUUGCA